AUGAUAAAACAAGUUCAAAUGAUUCAAGUUAAUCAUAAUAUAGAUCUAGUUAACAAAUAUUGUGGAAAGUUUGUUACUUGUUUGGAUUUAUUAAAUGAUAAAGAAAUUUGCAUCAUAAAUGAAAAUCAAUCAGUUGUUUUUAUGUGUAAAGAUAAAGCUGUUGGAGCA